AUGGAUUCAGAAACACCCCAUCCAGACCCUUCCUGUCAACCACUGGACCUCCCUACCAGGCCACUGAGCACCUCUGACAGGACAUCAGGAUCAGAACUAAGUAAAAAUGAGCAGAGGUCCAGCCAGUCAGACAGCAAUUCCAGAAAGCACACUGAAGAAUCAGCUCAGAUGGUGGGAACACACAGGAAAAGAAGACACUCGUCCGAGGACUCCAGCCAGGUCAGAACAGGAAAUGAGAGCAGCUCCCAGGGGAAAAGGAGACACAAGACUUCAGCAAAGAAGGCUGAGCCAAAAGCCAAUGGUCACCAAGAUGGAUUAGCCCAUUGCCCAGAACCUCAGGGCACAGACCCACCACCGAUUCGGAAGAGCCUGGUGAACUUUCUGCGGGGCAAGUCUGAGGAGAUUUACAGAGUCACAGUCCAGAUGCAGGCACAGCAGCAUGGCUCCCGGCUCAGCCCUGAGCAGCUCUCUGAGCUCAGACAGCUCUCAGAGACUCUGACUGCCAUGGCGCACGCCUUCUACAGCAUGGCCAACCAGGCAGGCUUUGCCUUCCCUGCUGAGGGCUGGCUUGUGCCAGCUCCCAUGCCUGCCCCUCAGGAGCCGUCUGGCAAGGAAUCUCAGAGUCCUUUGGUGGAGGGAGGAGAGAAGAUGACAGAUCCUGCCAGCCCAUCAGACAAGUCCAGAGCCAAGGCCAUGAGACCCUCCUAA